GAUGGCCGCGUGCUCGUGUGGGCCCAAUGGGGCAAGGCGCCUCUCUUGCUUUCCCCUUCCUUGCUCGCUUGUUUGUUCCUCUCCACCAUCCAUCCAUGCAUCCUCCACUAUCCACCACAUCCACAAUACACCAUCCUUCGCGCGUGCGUGUGCGUGCGUGCGUCGUCUCACCACCGGCCACACGGGGAUUUUUUCCUCAUUGUCCCCUCAUCAUCAUCAUCGUCGUCGUGACCCGCGUUGCGUGGUCUGUUUUCAGCUUGUUUGCUUACUUGCUUACCCACGGCCUGCUGCUGCCACCACCACCACCAUCCACCAACACCAAACACCCAUGCUGAGCCGCUCGUUGCCAGUGGCCAGGCGCUCGGUGAUUGCAUUGCGCAACCCCUCUCCUGUUCUCCCCAUUCGAAAUCUUGUUAAGCGCCGCGUCCACUCCCAAUCCAGCCAAGCACCAGUUGGUCGUUUGAUGUCAACCCGUUCGUGUGGGAGGCUGCUGAAAUUGCCAUGCAUGUACCUCCCAAUGUACACGGUACACCUCAAGUACGCGGUACAUGGAUACAGCACACUGCACCACAAUCUUCGUGGGCGACAUCAAGCCGCGGUGCAAACAUGGCCGCUGUCUUGAGCCCCCCACCACGGGCGCCUAUCUCCACGGCCAGCCACACGGGUAUACCUACAACCUACUCACAUGUAUGCGUGUCUUAUGUAGCCAACCAACGCCCUUGGCCGCUUGCAGGGCUACAGCACGACUACACGUUACUUACACAUCUGCUGCUCUUAUCGAUUCGCGUGCCGCCCGGGCCUCGCUCGUCGAUCCGCAUUCAUUACGUUGUUGGUUCGUGACUCUCCCUCUCGCAGUCUCUUGCUCGACACAAAGACGCAGCUGAGCAUGCACGUACAUGCAUGCCCACUUAGCUUGCAAUGCAACCUGCACGCCGCCGCUGGUUUGGUGGGACCGGUUUUGUCCUUGUCGUGUCUUGUCUGCCCGUCUUUGAAUGUUUUGGACCACAGACACCGACACACACAAGACACACUGGCACACGAUACACGAUACACGACGCGGCGGCUCCACCAAACACGCAUGCCGCUCUCGCAUUCUAACCCUCCUAGCUCUGCCGCGCUACGAUUGCUGCUUUGGGCCGUUAUUUCCACCUCCAUUUCAAGGUCUGACAGCCCUUCAUUUCCCGCUGCCUUGCCUCGACCCAUCUGGCAGCCCGCAAACACCUGCAGCAUCCCUCCGCAAUCACAAAAUGAUGACCCUCUCGAAUGAUCAAGGACCGCGUCCGUGCGGCCAAGGCGUUAUUAAUCUUCCAGCAGCCUGCCUGCUUGGAACGAGAUGGAUGGUUGGGAAAUGCCCUCGCUUCCUCCCGAACGUU